AUGCCUAAGCUUAAUGUUUUGUUAAACAAACUGCUCCAGAUCCGUGCCAUACAGUCCGUCGAUUCAUUGGAUUUGAAGAUGCCGUCGUUUGGACUCAGGUCCAGCUCCGAAGAUCCGGCUUCACUGGAAUUUAACGUGGCAACGCAGCAUGCUGGAGUCACCUCGAGUCAAAUUCAGUCAGAUCGGACUAAUUCCAACUCAGACGCUCCUGAGCUCCCGUCACUACCAGCUUCUACUACUCAAGAUGCAAUAGCUGUAGCAGGUGAGAAGGACGGAAACAAUCCAGCUGAGCCACAGCAGCUGGAACAGCCGCACCUGGAGAGACAGCCACAGCGAAAGGAGCAAGAGCAACUCAGCGUUCGUCCAAAUCCUCCGUCAGCUCCUUCAUCUCCGUCAGCUCCUUCAUCUCCGUCAGCUUCUUCAUCUCCGUCAGCCUCUUCGAUCCCUUCAGCCUCUUCAGCCCCUGCAGCCUCAUCAACUCCGUCAACCCCUUGUCCCUCUUCAAGCACCAACCAGCCUACCGGAAAUAUUAAUUCAGCUGCAAAUGUUCAACGUGUCAAUGUCGAGCCGCUUAAUUCUAAUCAAGCUACAAACGAAUCGGCCACUACCAAGUCAGGGGUGCCUGUUGUGGUGGUGGAUGACAGCGGGGGAAGGCUGGAGCUUUGGGGGAUGGGAUCGGAGGGGUCGUCUUCAGGAGCCCGUGUUUCGCGUGUUGUAGCAAAUCUCUCUCGCGUAUAUCGUUUCUCUGUUGAACGGAGCAUGCUGCAGACGGUUCAGCUGCAGCCUUAUCAGCAGCAGGCAGACGGGAAGGAUGGGAGUGGGCAGAGGACGGUUGGGGGUGGGAGUGCGGCUAAUGCAGUAGGGAGUGAAAAUCAGUCUAUUCGCACUUCGAGCCAUGCUACAGGCCAUGUUACAAGCCAAGCUGCGAGGCAGGUUACCAGUUCUCGCGAAGAGGAGGGCAGCUGGGAGGAUUUAGUUGCCGGUGAGGCAGCAGAAACAGCAGGCAAUCUGGAAUCAGCACUUCUUGACUUGUCCGAAUCGUUGCUGCUCUUCCUGCCUCAGACUGAACAAUUUGGAGGGACUGGGGGGAUUGGAGAGGCCACAGGAGUGGCCCCAGGAGUUCCUGCAGGUGCUACUGCUGCGUCGCCUUCUCCCCCACUUCCUCCUCCCCCUUUGGCCUCUCUGCACUCGCCUCACGCUCUGGAGUCCGAGUUUCUGAAGCAAGGGGGUGAUUCUCCUCCUGCCGCUCCUCCUGCUCAUCACCCUCCGCAACCUCACCACCCUCCCCCGCAUCACCCUCCCCCUCCUCACCACCCUCCCCCUCCUCACCACCCUCCCCCUCCUCACCACCCACCUCCUCCUCCUCCUCACCACCCCCCUCCUCCUCCUCACCACCCACCUCCUCCUCCUCACCAUCCCCCUCCACACCACCCUCCUCCUCCUCACCAUCCUCCCCCUCCUACUCACCACCACCCUCCUCACCACCCACCUCCUCCUCCUCAUCACCCUCCCCCUCCUCAUCACCCACCCCCUCACCACCCUCCCCCGCUCCAACCGCCUCCGCACCACCCUCAUUCCCCUCACCCUCUCCCUCCUCCCCCUCACCAUCCCCACCCCUCUCACGACCCCUAUCCCCACCACCACCCAUAUGAGCAUCACUACUUCUCCCCUCCACCUUACCACCACUAUCCUCCUCCUCCUCCUCCUCCUCCUCCUCCUCCUCCUCCUCCUCCUCCUCCUCCUCCUCCUCCUCCUCCUCCUCCUCCUCCUCCUUCUCCUCCUCCUCCUCCUCUUCAGGUCCAUCCCCCUCGCCCUGCAGAUGCGCAAGCGUCCUCCUCGUCCCCUCCCCCUCCCUCUCCGCGUCCCAAUGCUCAACCGGUUAAGGAAAAUGAAGGGGAAGGUGGUCCUGAAGUGAGUUUCGAGGUGGCUCAAAUGUCAUCCUCACCGCAUGGCCUUUCUUCAACUUCUUCUCAGCCAGUGGAGGCAAACGAGUGGGAGGGUAGUCCUGGGGCGGAGCAGGAUGUGAGGGGGGAGAAGGGGGAAAGGGAGAAGCAGGAGAGGGGCGAGAAGGGGGAGUUGGAGGAGAUUGAGGAAAGGGACGAGAGGUAUGAGAGGGACGAGAGGGACGAGAGGGACGAGAGGGUGGGGAUGGAGAGGAGGGUGGAGAUGGGGGAGAGGGCAGAGAGGAAGGAGAGGGAGGAGAAGGAAGACAUAGAGGUAAGGGAAGAGACUGAAGAAAGAGAAGAGAGGGAGGAAAGGAGGGAGAGGGAUUCAGAAACGAGCGGAGAAGCUGGGAGGCUAGCAGGAAUGCUGGGGGGUGGCGAAUGGGAAUGCAUUCCCAGGGGCGAUGCUUGA